ACCUUAUAAAGUUGAAAAAGUUAUUUCCACUACUGCAUAUCGACUAAGACUACCUUCUAAUCUGAAGAUCCAUCCUGUCUUCCUUGUUUCAAUGCUAAAACCAUAUAAAGAAAACCUAACUGACUUUAACCGCGACAUAUCACCACCACCUGAAGUAAUUCCUGAAACCAAUGAAGAGGAAUAUGAAGUAGAAACAAUUUUGGACAAGAAACUAAUGCGUAGAAAACCCUUCUACCUGGUCAAAUGGAAAGGAUACCCAUUGCAUGAUGCCACUUGGGAACCUAAGGAAAAUCUCACCAAUGCCGCUGAUAUAGUAACAGUUUUUGAGAAUUCACGAGGACGUUGA